AUGCUCGCCAUCAUCCUCGCCGGCCACGGCCUCGCUCGCCUCGGGAUCGACGCCGAGUGGGUUGGCGGCUCGAGCUGUGGCGGAGGCAGCCUGAGCGUGCAGUGGCUGCAGCUGGGCUGCCGCGGCGAGGCGUGGCUGCUCGACUUGCCGACGCUCAUCGCCACGCCCUCGAGCGCCGCCCACUUGCAGGCCGCUCUCGGCGCUCUCUUUGCCUCUCCUCGCCUCCUCAAAGUUGGGUUUGGUCUCGCCGCAGACUUGAGGGUGGUCCGCUCCGCGCACGGUUCACUCCGCUGCUGCUGCGCGGCCUCUGCCGUCUCCCCGUCCGUCGACCUGGUCAACGAGUGGCGCAAAUUGCGGGGCGCCGGAGCAGUCUCAAGUUUGUCCGCGCUCUGCGCGACGGUGCUCGGGGCGCCGUUGGACAAGCGUUGCUGCCUCUCCAACUGGGGCAGGAGGCCGCUAGCGGCGCAGCAGCUCGAGUACGCGGCGCUCGACGCGCUGGUGCUGCCGACGGCGCACGAGGAGCUCGAGAGGCGACGCAUUCGCGCCGGUGGCGCGCCGGAUUGGCGCUGGAUUGGCCGCCAUUGCUUUUGCGCUUGUUUUGCCAAGCCGGUGGCCCGGGCAGCGCUCGCAGAGGGCGAGCGGGUCGUCCGCGUCGAGCUGCGGCUCGGCAGAACUUUUGCGCCAAUCGGAGAGGGGGAGCCGUUCGCGCGGGGGACGGUCCGGGUCCUUUGA